AUGGGUCUCUGCCACAUCCUCUUGCUAUUCCUGUGCCUUGGAUCUGCCCAGAGUGGGGCUCGGGGGACAAGCCAAGACCCCCAGGAGCUGAUGAACACCAUGGAAAUCAUGGCCAGCAGCAAGACCAAGGGGCGGAAGCUGCCGAUACAGUCUGUUGUUAAGGUCAUCCGAGGCCUGGAGAAGAGCCUUUUGAACAUCAGCCUCCAGGGCUCCACCCGCACCUUCAGGACAAACAGGAUCCAGAGUGCGGCCCUGGACCUGUUCUGCACCAACUUUACCGGCCUCUCUCUUCCCACGGACCAGCCCAGUCACGCCAUGGGCUUCCCAGCCGAGCUGACCCGGGGUGCCUGCCGGGCCCGUCCCCGGACGCUGCGUCUCAUCUGUGUCUAUUUCUUCAUGUCCGACUUCUUCCAGACUGCCAGCAACACAUCUCUGCUCAAUAACUAUGUUCUGGGGGCCCAGCUGGGCCACGAACAUGUGAGUGGCCUCAGGGAGCCGGUGGACAUCCGAUUCAGCCAUAACCAAAGCCUGGAAGGCUACACAGCCACCUGUGUGUUCUGGAAGGAGAAAGACAACCCGCAGUCCUGGGGGGAGUGGAGCCCCGAGGGCUGUGUCACCGAGCUCCCCUCCCCCGUCCAAGUGCGCUGUCGCUGCUACCACCUCAGCUACUUUGCUGUUCUCAUGCAGCUCGCCCCGGCCCCCGUGGAAGUGCUCGAGCCCCUCGUCUACAUCAGCAUCGUGGGCUGCAGCAUCUCCAUCGUGUCUUCGCUGGCCACGGCGCUGCUGCAUUUCCGUACCAGGAAGCAGGGCGAGUCCCUGGCGAGCAUCCACAUGAACCUGCACGGCUCCGUGCUGCUCCUGAACGUCUCCUUCCUGCUGAGCCCGGUGCUGGCUAGGCCCCAGGGGUCCGACGCUGGGUGCAGGGUCCUGGGCGCCGUCCUGCACUGCGCCCUGCUCAGCUGCUUCUCCUGGAUGGCCAUCGAAGGCUUCAACCUCUGCAUCCUCCUGGGGCGCGUCUACAACAGCUACUUCCGCCACUACGUGCUCAAGCUCUGCGUGGUGGGCUGGGGGCUCCCCGCCUUCCUGGUUCUGCUGGUUCUGAGCAUUAGUGACUCCGCGUACGGGUGCUACACGGUGCCCUUCUCCGACAGCCAGGGCAGCGGCUCCACCCUCCGGAAUGCGUCCAUGUGCUGGGUGCGCAGUGCUGAGGUGCGCGCGGUCCUGGUCACGGGCUAUGGGUGCGUCACGUGCCUCUUCAACCUGGUGGUGCUGGGCUGGGCGCUGAGGGUCCUGCGCAGGCUGCGGGCCCGGGAGCAGGAGCUGGGUGCGCGGGCCAGGCGGGACGUGGUCACUGUGCUGGGCCUCACCGUGCUGCUGGGCACCACCUGGAUCCUGGGCUUCUUCUCCUUCGGCGUCUUUCUGGUGCCACAGCUCUUCCUCUUCACCAUCAUCAACUCGCUCUACGGUUUCUUCCUCUUCCUGUGGUUCUACUGCCGGAGGUACCACUCGGAGGCCAAGGCCAAGGCCGAGAUGGAGAUGGAGACGGCCAGCACCUCCCGGAUCAUUCAGUAG